ACCUCUCUCUCUCUUUCUCUUCGCUCGUUUCUCUCUCUCUAUAGACAUACAUAAAAAGAGUGUUGAAGCUCGUACAUGCACAUUUUCUCCGAUUCAACUUAUUCUGCGACCACCGUCGAGGCAAGGAAUUGUUUCUCUGUCGUCACGAGGUAGUCUGUGAAGAAGAAACAUGUUUUACUCUCACCAGCUUCUAGCUCGGAAAGCUCCACUAGGGCAAAUAUGGAUGGCCGCUACGUUGCACGCUAAGAUCAAUCGGAAGAAGCUCAGCAAGCUCAACAUCAUUAACAUCUGUGAAGAGAUUUUGAAUCCGUCGGUUCCAAUGGCUCUCAGGCUCUCCGGGAUUCUCAUGGGUGGGGUUGUAAUUGUUUAUGAGAGGAAAGUGAAGCUCCUGUAUGAAGAUGUAAACCGCCUUCUGGUAGAAAUAAACAGUGCUUGGCGCGUAAAAGCUGCUCCAGAUCCAACCUUACUGCCUAAAGGAAAAACCCAUGCAAGGAAAGAAGCUGUUACUUUGCCUGAGAAUAAAGAAGCAGAUUUUGAAGACAUUGAACAAACCCGUAAUGAUUCUCACGUUCCCAAUGUCAUGGAUUUCCAUCAAACCACUUAUUUUUCCAUGCGGUUAGAUGACUUGGAGGAACCCAAUAUGAACCAUAACCCUGGACAAGAAGAUCUUGGCCAACACUUGCAUCAAGCUGACCCUGAAAAUAUCACCCUCUUUGAGUGUCAUGGUUCGUACCAGGCCAACACAGAUACAUAUGAUCGCUUUGAAAGAUUUGACAUUGAAGGAGAUGAUGAGACACAGAUGAACUUUAAUUCACGGGAGGGCACCAAUAUACCCUCAACUCUUAUCCCCUCACCACCCCAUCGACAUCAUACUCCGAGAGGAGAUAAAGCCACAAGCCCCCAAAUGUUUGCUGAGCAGCCGCUGGAGCAUCAGAAGCCGGGCAGAGAAGAACGAGAUAGACAAUGUCCACUGAAAAGAAAAGCAAGGAGGACAGCAGCCUCAAUGAUGGAUUACGAGCAGACCAUCAUAUCUGGUCAUAUCUACCAGUCUUGGCUCCAAGAUGCUUCUGACAUUAUAUCUAGGGGACAGAAAAAGAGAAAGGCUCAAAGAACCAUCACCUCGGGAAAGAAGGUGACUAAAUUGAUGGAUAUUCCACCUACACUAUUAAUCGAUCAUUUACGUAGCAAGGGACAUGAUGACAUUUCUUACCCGCCACCACUCCAUCAGCUUUGGUCUAAAAGCACUCACCUUGUUCAAAACCCAACAUCUGAAAUCCAUGGCCCUGGUUUUGCCCAUGAACAAUCAACAGGAUCACCGCAGGAGAGAAUGAACGAUCACAAUCAAACAGAUCAUAAUUUAGACAAUGGGAUGAACUCCCACAACAAUGGCCGUCCAGCCGAAAAGUUCCGCACAAAUAUCACCAUGGAAGAUAUUUCAAUAGAAGACUUGAUGGCUGGAGGUCAAGCCAACCUAGUACAUAAUGACCAUACAACUGAAACUAAUGUGAUGAUCACACCAGGCUAUUCAGGAGAUGAUGUGAGAUCCAUGCCUAGCUCGGCAUCUUGGCAUGCAGCCGUAUCGAGUAAUGCAGAGAUAAACUCUAAAAGGUCGAAUAAAGGGAAGCCACAAUCUUCAUCGGGAAAACGUAAUAUCGGCCUUGAACCAGUAGCUGAAGACAGAUCAUGGCGUCACGCUGAUUUCCCCGACUUUGUUUUCGAGUUAUCCACCUUCCCUGAAAAGGGCUUCACUCCCGAUCGCGAAAUACUUAUUGAAACUGGACCUACACAAACUCAACACCCCGUUUACAUUCACUCGGAGGAGAAGAUAACCGAGAGCAUCCAAAGGCAGCUGAAAACACACUUUGAAACACCUGGAUCGGCGCAAGUGGAAUCCCUCAACAAGCUUGCCCACGGAAUGAACAGAAACGCUGCAGCUAAGCUCUUCUACCAAUUCUGCGUUCUAGCGACUCGAGGGGUCGUAAAUGUGGAGCAAAGGCAUCCUUAUGGGGACAUUCUCAUCGCUAGAGGGCCGAAAAUGUGAGCUCAACUCUCGGAAAGGUCAGCUUCUUCUUCUUCUUCAAACUCCUUUGGUCUUUAGAAACUGUGUUGCCUCUCUUAGUUAAGUAUCUAUCCAGGCAUAUGAUAUAAUCCCCACAUAGAUCACUCCCUCUUUUUUUUUUUAUACCUUGAUUCUUGAAUCCAAUGGUAAUGGAUACAAGUUUGGUUCA